AUGUCGGCCUAUGGCCACGACGGCCUUUCUGCGCACAAGCUGUCCCCGUUCGACCCCGCCUUUCCCGCCCACGCGUACAACACCAGCCCGUACGCCCUCUCUCCUCCUCCCUCAUAUCCGUCCCGCUCGUCCCGCGAUCUGAACACCGUUCCCUGGAGCGUGGACCCCGCCGACGCCGACUUGCCCAUCGAUCCUGCUCUGAAGGAGGAGCGCAUCCGCAUGCUGGAAGCAGAGUUUGGCACAAAGCAGGCGCCGCAGGACGAGGGAGAGAAAGUGGGCAGUGUGGACGCGAAUGGCAACCUCAUCACAGAUGGCCCUAGGAAGAGGCUCGCAGUGAGGUGCAUCGAGAUCCUCCUUGCUCUUACAGCAUCCGCCGCGUCCAUCUACACCGCCCUGGCCUCAUCGCUCCCGUUGCUGACCAUUUGUUCAGAUCAUCAAACCACCCUCAGCACCUCCCCCAGAGAGCAAGCUCCCCGCAUACCUGCUCUACGUGCUCUCCUUCCUGACAGUGCUCUCCAUGAUCUACCUCUUCAUGAUCUACCCUUGUUGCUGUGGUCGGCGCAAGGUCGCCCAUAA